AGAGCAUUUGUUAAUCAUGAAGAGUUUAACCUUGCUUGCUCCUUUACUCUUUUGUGUUACUUUACUAUGUUCUUCUCUUAAUGUUGCUUCUGAUUCUGCAGCAGAAGCAUUGGCAAUCCUCAAAUGGAAAGCCAGCCUUCAAAGCCAAAACCAUUCUGUUUUGCUUUCCUGGAAUACUUCCAACAACCCAAAUACCAAAACAAGUCCUUGUGCUUGGUUUGGAAUCCAUUGCAACCAUGCUGACAGUGUUAUAAAGAUUAACCUCACUGGCUAUGGUGUAAAAGGUACGCUCCAUUUAUUUCCAUUCUUGUCUUUGCCUAAUCUUGCAGAGUUGGACCUUAGCACCAAUGAACUUUAUGGCAUAAUCCCACCUAAAAUCAGUCAGCUCUCCAAACUCACCUACCUCGAUUUAUCCUUUAACCAGUUCUCUGGGCAAAUCCCACCUGAAAUUAGCCACCUUGUACAUCUUCAGACCCUCCACCUUGCUGGAAAUCAGUUGAACGGCUCAAUUCCUCGAGAAAUUGGUCAGCUCAAAUUUCUCACUGACCUUGCCUUGUGUAGCAACAAGCUAAAUGGUUGCAUUCCUGCUUCUCUCGGUAAACUAAGUCGACUUGUUUCCUUGCUUCUCUAUAAUAAUUCCCUUUCUGGUCCCAUUCCUCCAGAAUUGGGAAACCUUAGGAAUUUGGUUGAAGUUUACCUGGACACCAACCGUCUAACUGGUCCAAUCCCUUCCACAUUUGGAAACUUGAAAAACCUGAGGGUGCUUCACAUGUUUAACAACAGUCUUUCAGGUCCCAUCCCCUCCGAGUUAGGGAAUAUGGAAUCUCUUUCUGAAAUAAGCCUUUAUCACAACAAUCUAUCUGGCUUGAUCCCAACCUCAUUUGGUGACUUGAGACUUCUUACACUUGCCCACCUCUAUGAAAAUCAACUCUCUGGUCCAAUUCCUGAGGAGAUAGGAAACUUGAAUUCUCUUGUUGACCUAGAGUUGAGUGAAAACCAACUCAAUGGCUCUAUUCCUGCUUCACUUGGCAAUUUGAGCAACUUGGAAAUUCUGUUCCUCCGAGACAACUGGCUUUCAGGUUCCAUUCCUAAUGAAAUUGGAAACUUGAUGAAGUUGACCAUGUUAGAACUAGAUCACAACAAUCUGACAGGAAAUUUGCCGCAAGGCAUUUGCCGUGGUGGAUCACUUGAAUACUUCACAGCAAAUGACAACCAGCUUACCGGACCAAUCCCUCAAGGGUUGAAAAAUUGCACUAGCUUGAAGAGAGUCUACCUUGAAAGAAACCGACUCAGAGGAAAUAUAUCUGAAGAUAUAGGUGUUUACCCAAAUCUAAAAUUCAUUGAAUUAAGUGACAAUGAAUUUUAUGGUGAAGUGUCUUCCAAUUGGGGGUUGUGCAAAAGUUUAGAGAGCCUAUCUAUUGCAAGGAACAAUCUCAGUGGUGCAAUACCCCUGGAACUAGGACUUAUGUCCAAGCUUUUGUAUCUAGACUUGUCUGCAAACCAAUUGAGCAAGUCCAUCCCUGAAACUAUAGGGAAUCUGUCCAUGUCAUUCUACUUGAAUUUGAGCAUCAAUCAGUUUAGCCAAAAUAUUCCAAUUCAAGUAGGCAAGUUAACUAGGCUGUUUCAUCUAGAUUUGAGUCACAACAUGCUUUCAGGGAAGAUUCCAGGGGAACUUCAAAGUUUGCAGAGCUUGGAGACACUAAACCUUUCUCACAAUAAUCUCUCUGGUGAAAUCCCAGCCUCUUUUAAGCAUCUCCAGGGCUUGUACACUGUUGACAUUUCAUACAAUGAGCUCCAGGGUCACAUUCCCAACUGUCAAGCAUUUCUAAAUGCUUCAGUACAAGAAUUGAGAGGGAACAAAGCAUUAUGUGGCAAUGCUAGUGGGUUACCGCCUUGCACACCUUUUUUCUAAGAAGGGUCACAACAACAACAAAACCCUUUUCAUAGUUAUGUUCCCUCUUUUAUUGGUUUCUGGUCUCUCGAUUUCAUCAAUUGCUUUGUUGUUUGCCUUCAAGAAGAGGAAGAAAGAUACAGAUGAAGAAAGACGAAGCAAUGCAAGUGAUAAAAUAUUUUUCUCUGUCACUUCCCUUAGUGGAAGAAUAUUGUAUGAAGAGAUCAUUAGAGCCACCAAAGAUUUUCAUGCUCAAUAUUGCAUUGGGAAGGGAGGAUAUGGAAACGUGUACAAAGCAGGGCUGUCAUCUGGUGAAGUUGUAGCUGUGAAGAAAUUCCAUCCAAUGCAUACCGGUGAAAUGGCAGAUCAAAGACAGUUCCUGAAUGGGGUAAGGGCAUUAGUAGAACCAAGACAAAAAUAUUGUGAAGUUCUACGGUUUUUGUUCCUCUGCGGGUCGUUCCUUCUUAGUAUACAAGUACCUUGAAAGGGGUAGCUUGGCUUCUGUUCUCUGCAAUGAUGAAGAAUGUAAGAAAUUGGACUGGAAUGAGAGAGUGAACAUUGUCAAAGGUGUUGUUCAUGCCCUCUCCUAUUUGCACCAUGACUGUUCACCACCCAUUGUUCAUCGAGAUAUAACAAGCAACAACAUUCUGCUUGGUUUGGAGUAUGAAGCUCACCUUUCAGACUUUGGCAUGCUAAGCUUCUCAAUCCAGACUCAUCCAAUUGGAGUAAUAUUGCUGGAACAUACGGAUACAUUGCACCAGAGCUUUCCUACACCAUGCAAGUUACUGAAAAAUGUGAUGUGUAUAGUUUUGGUGUGCUGGCAUUGGAAUUGAUAGUCAGGGCAUAUCCGGGUGAAUUUCUCUCUAGUCUAUCAAUUUUCACUGCUGAAAGCAUUCCACUAAACAAUGUGUUGGAUCAAAGGCUUGCACCUCCACUGCCGGAAGUUGUGAACAAACUCAUAUUCAUCCUGAAGUUGGCUGUUUCGUGUUUAAAUAUCAAUUCAAAAUCGAGGCCAACCAUGCACACUGUUUCUCAGCUGUUGUUCAACCACAUCUAGUCCCAUCUAUGACUCUUUGAUCUUCAUCUAAGAUACCACCUUAGAAACGUUUGGUAUUUGCUCUAAUGUUGUUUGUUUAGCUUUUGUGUAGUUAUCAUGGGUUAAUGGGUUAGCAUUUUUAUACCCUUAAUUACCUUUUCCUUGAGAAUUUGUAGUGCAAUAGGAGUUGGUUCAGAUCUGUCUGUAACAGUUCAUCAUACGUUCUAUUCUAAGGAAUAAAAAGGUGUUACCUGACCCUUAUAUUUUCAAACUUUUAUGCCCUCUAUUUUAAUUAUGAUUUAGACAAUUAACUUCUGUUUUUAGCAAAGUUCACUUAUUUUUCUGAAGAACUUGACAUGAUGUUCAAUUAUUUUUCAAAUUCCAAGUGAGAAAAAGGGAAAUUGGGGCAUAAGAUUUGCAACAUUCCUAAGCAGAAAUUGAAGUCCUUGAACGUGAUAAAAAUAUCAUACAUCCAAAGUUUGGCUCGACAAGACAACAACAAGACAACAGAAUAAUACAAGUUGCAACUACAUAAUAAACAACUAGAAGCAAAAUUUUUCUUCUACAUCCUUAGGACUCUUUCCAAAGCUGAUGAUCCG